AUGGCGAGCGACGCAGACAUGAGUAGCUGGACCCACCUUCUCCAUUCGUCUUCGAAGCUUGUCGAACAAGCCGCUCCUUCUGCUCAGUUCCCUCCUCUUCAGAGGAACUUGGAUCAAUUAGAAGCAUUGUCAAAAAAGCUCAAGGCGAAAACCCUUAGGGCAGAAGCUCCAUCUCAAUCUAUUGCCGCCACAAGGCUACUAGCUCGUGAGGGGAUAAAUGCAGAGCAGCUUGCUCGUGAUCUUAAGUCAUUUGAGUUAAAGACAACUUUUGAGGAUGUUUUCCCUGCCGAGGCAACAAGCGUAGAGGAGUAUUUACAACAGGUCCAUGAGAUGGCAAUUGUCUCAGCUGUUCAGGAAGCUCAGAAGGAUAACCUUAGAAGUUUUAACGACUAUAUGAUGUCAGUUCUGCAGGAGGAUUGGCAAAAGGAAAAACGGGAUUUCCUCCAUAGCCUGAGUCGAGUUUCUACACUUCCUAGGACUAACAUAGGUGAUGCGGGCACUGGAGGUGCUCGCUCAGGUCAAAUAAUUGCUGUGACUUCUAGUCAGCAGGUUUCAUCUAGUCCAUCUAGCAUGGAGCUUGCACCUCUUGCUAACAAACCCAUCCUUGAGAAAAAAGCUACAGCCUAUGGUGAAGUUGUGAAGAAUAUCAACAAUGCAAGAGAGCGUGUCUUGCCAUUUAAACCUGCAACAUCUUUUAAGGGUGCUUAUGAAAGUUUGGGGCUCGACACAUCUGGUGGGAAAUCAGUUAGCAUGCAGAAGAUAUGGAACCUAAUUCAGACCUUGACGGGCGAGAAUUCAAGUGUUCAACAUGGUGUGUCAAAAAAAAUGUAUUUAGUAUUGGGUGCAAGGCGCCACCUUGAAUGGGGACAUGAGAAACAUAUCUUAGAUACCAUACAAAGUCAUCCCGCACAGGCUGCUCUUGGUGGGGCGGUUGGAAAUAUUCAGCGAAUUCGUGCCUUCCUUCGGAUUCGUUUAAGGGAUUAUGGGGUUCUUGAUUUUGAUGCGGGUGAUGCUCGUCGGCAGCCUCCUGUUGAUACGACUUGGCAGCAGAUAUAUUUUUGCUUGAGAACUGGAUAUUAUGAUGAAGCAAGAAAUGUUGCCUUAUCAUCUCGUGUUUCACAACAAUUUGCUCCUCAGCUUACAGAGUGGAUUGCAACUGGAGGUAUGGUAUCAGAAGAGACUGCGGGUGCUGCUUCAGAAGAAUGUGAAAAAAUGCUGAGGAUGGGUGAUCGAGUGGGUCGAGCUUCAUAUGACAAGAAAAAGUUGCUUCUGUAUGCUAUCAUAUCUGGUUCUCGCAGGCAGAUAGACCGUCUGCUUAGAGAGCUACCUACACUUUUUAAUACCAUUGAGGAUUUCUUGUGGUUCAAGUUGUCUGCUAUACGAGACCGUCCUGGUGGAUCCUCUUCUGCUGUUGUAAAUGAAGGAUCAAUGCCUUACAGUUUGGAUGAUUUGCAGGUUUACCUAAAUAAAUUUGAGCCGUCAUAUUACACCAAGAAUGGAAAGGACCCUCUUGUGUAUCCUUAUGUUUUGCUUUUAAGCAUACAGUUGCUACCUGCAGUACUAUAUUUGUCCAAGGAUAUGGGAAACGAAGGAUAUAGCAUAGAUGCUGUCCAUAUAGCAAUUGUGCUGGCGGACCAUGAUGUCCUUUCUGAAGGUGCUGGAGCAGCACUGACACUGGGGGUAUCAGAUGGUUUUGCAGAGGCCUCUAGCAUAAUCAGGCAGUAUGGGGCAGUUUACUUACGUCAUGGUAAUCUUUCAAUGGCAUUGGAAUAUUAUGCACAAGCUGCUGCUGCAGUGGGUGGUGGACAGACGUCUUGGACUGGGAGAGGUAAUGUGGAUCAGCAAAGGCAGAGAACCUUGAUGCUGAAACAACUCCUUACAGAGCUAUUAUUAAGGGAUGGUGGGAUUUAUCUUUUACUCGGUCCAAGAGGUGCUGGAGAAGAAGGUGAACUGGGGAGAUUUUUGACUGAUGGAAAAACAAGGCAAUCAUUUCUGCUUGAAGCUGCUCGUCAGUGUCAGGAAACUGGGCUUUAUGACAAAUCUAUAGAAAUUCAGAAGAGAGUUGGGGCAUUUUCAAUGGCAUUGGAUACAAUCAAUAAGUGCCUAUCUGAAGCAAUGUGUGCCUUAUCUCGUGGUAAGUUAGAUGGUGAGAGCCGGACUGCUGGCCUCAUUCAUUCUGGAAAUGAAAUCUUGGAAACCUUCAAAUAUUAUCCUGAAAUCAGCCUUCAAGAGAGAGAGCAUGUUAUGGAGCAACAAACUGUGUUAAGACAGCUUGAGGCAACUUUGUCUAUUUAUAAGUUGGCUCGGCUGGGCCAUAAUAUAGACGCUCUCAGAGAAAUUGCCAAACUUCCGUUUCUUCCUUUAGAUCCACGAGCACCCGAUAUUGCGACUGAUGUUUUCCAGAAUCUCUCUCCUCAUGUCCAAGCCUGUGUACCUGACCUUCUAAAGGUUGCUCUUCACUGUUUGGACAAUGUCACAGAUACAGACGGAUCACUUCGUGCCUUGAGGACAAAGAUUGCAAAUUUUCUAGCGAACAAUCUGAAUAGGAAUUGGCCUCGUGAUUUGUACGAAAGGGUUGCUCGAAGCUUGUGAAACAAAUUGUGGUAAUCUGGUACCUACCCCUUCAACAAUGCUUGUGUCAAUCUGUACAAAACGAACAACUCUGGCUAGCUUUUUGAUGAUAACCAUGCCUUUUUGCCAAGUUAACUUAAGUAAAUAAUUCGUGCUUUGGUAUGAAUUUAUUCUCCACUUGCAUGUUCUACUCUCUAGUCUCUCUCUCUCAGCUUGCUUGCUUUGAAGCUUUCUUUGCCCUACUACAUUAAAAGUGUGAUCAAGAUUGGAUACAAUUUGUAGACGCAUUGUCAUGCCACUUGCCC